UCCCACGCCCCUGUUCCGUGGGAGCUCAGCUCAUCCCCGGAGUGGCCCUUGGCUGUCUUGGGCCGGGACCAGAACAAUGUUGGUAAUGCAGACGAUGUACUUGAUCUGAAAAACUAAGAGUUUUUGUGCAACUCUAGUCUUUUCAUCAGGAAUGGUUGGACAUACUCUAUUUGAUUUUUGGUGCAUUUCCCCCCUGUAGAAUUAUACUUCGUUUUGCUGGGAUUUUGAAGUAAAGAGAUCUUUUCAUUCAACAAUGGCAGGAAAAUCAUCACUUUUUAAAGUAAUUCUCCUUGGAGAUGGUGGCGUUGGGAAUAGAUAUGUCACUAACAAAUUUGAAAGCCAGCUGUUCCACACAAUAGGUGUGGAAUUUUUAAAUAAAGACUUGGAAGUGGAUGGACACUUUGUAACCAUGCAGAUUUGGGACACAGCAGGUCAACGCUUUAGAAGCCUGCGAACACCAUUUUACAGAGGUUCUGAUUGUUGCCUUCUUACUUUCAGUGUAGAUGACUCUCAAAGUUUCCAGAACUUGGGCAACUGGAAGAAAGAAUUCAUUUAUUAUGCAGAUGUUGAAGAACCCGAAAACUUUCCUUUUGUGAUUUUGGGUAACAAGAUUGAUAUAAAUGAAAGACAGGUUUCUACAGAAGAAGCCCAGGCCUGGUGCAGGGACAACGGCAACUAUCCUUACUUUGAAACAAGUGCAAAAGAUGCCACAAAUGUUGCAGCAGCUUUUGAAGAAGCUGUUAGAAGAAUUCUUGCUACUGAGGAUAGGUCAGAUCACUUUAUUCAAACAGACAGAGUCAAUCUUCACCGAAAGCCUAAGCCCAGGUCAUCUUGUUGUUGA